UGCAUCAUUUCACAUAAGAAUCAACAUAGAACAAAGUGAGAUAGAUAGAUAGAUAGAAUAAAUGGAAGAAUUUUCAUCUUUAUGGACUUAUCAAGAGAAUAUUGAUGAACUAAAACAGAAGCUUUUCUACACAACAAUUGAAUUAGAGGCAGUAAAAGCCGAAACAGGAGAAGAAAAGAAAAGAAAUUCAGAGUCAAUGAAACAAUUGCUACAACUUUUAAAAAUUGCUUGCCAAGAAAGGGAUGAAGCAAAAGAUCAGCUUCAAAAGCUACUAAACAAGAUUAUCCCCACAAAUGACCAACAAAUCUUUAAUGCCACGACCCAUUCUGUCCCUAAUUGUUUUACGGGCGAACAAGUUCAACAACAACAUCAGAGCCCGUUGAUGAUACCCACUAAAGCAAAUUCUAGUAUCACCGAAUCAAAUAGCCUUUCCGAGGCUUAUAAUCGUAGCUCGUCUCCUGUUGACUCGUUUUUUGACCCCAUACAGUCUCCGGAGUUUUCAAAUGUUAAUGUUGAAAGUCCAUAUGUUCAAGAUUUUCAUCAAAAUGGCCCGUUGUCAAACGGGCUAAAUGGGUCAGUCAAUGGGCUAAAAGUGGAUCAAGCUACUUUGGUGAUGGAAAGUAUGAUUAAAGGCAAGCCCUUGCCACAAAAAGGAAACUUACUGAAAACAGUAGUGGAAGCGGGCCCACUUCUGCAAACACUGUUAUUAGCAGGCCCGCUUCCCAGGUGGCGAAAUCCGCCACCGCUUCAGACAUUCCACAUUCCGACAAUGGUGGUUGCAGCCGAUCAAAUUGGUGCAACCAAAAAUCAGAUAUUGAAAUCACCAACCAUGAUGUUGAAACAAUCACAACCAUUCGCCGAAAUGGCAUGUGGGAGUUCUUCUCAGAUGAUGAUGGCCAGUGGUGGCAGCAGCGGAAGCAUUUUAAGUUUUGGUGAUGUUAGUUUUGGUAGUAAUUAUCAAGGAAGUAUGAUGGGAGCUUGUUCUGGUGCUAGUAAUUUUGGCACAAUUGGAAAGAGGCAAAAGUUACAUUAAGAUCCAAGAAUUUUAUUUUUGUUCUUUGUAAAGGGUUUUGAUAUAUGAUGGGUGUAUAUGGUCAAUUGGUGGUACCCUGUU